UUAAAAAAUCAAAAGGAAAAAGCUUCAGACGAAUAUUUUCUCUCCACUUUUCUUAUUCGUCCUACUCGAUUGCGUUGUCAUCUCCGAAGGCAAGGUCCUUGGCGUUCAGUUGUUAGAGGUAGUGAAGAGGAGUGCUGAUCUUUGUCUGUGACAACUGCUCAAACUUCUGCUUGCAUGGAGGAGUUGAAGAUUUCUCAGCUGUGGUUCUGAGCUUCUGAAGGUGCCUUCAAAUGGAAGGAUUUCUGUCGUUGUACCUCUUGAUUCUUUCCUUCCAUGGAUUUUUGCUUUGGGGCUUUGGCCAAGAGGAUGCUGCUGUCUACAUUGUGAUCAUGAAGCAGCACCCUGUGACUCGUCACUUUGGUGAAAUGGAGUUUGGAGGCAGUGGGAUUAGUCAUGUGGAUUCUGGGAGUUUCAAUACCCUCAAUAGGCAAAGGAACUUUUCGAGCACAGAUAGGAAUUAUAAUUCAUAUCUGCUUCGGCUUCAGAAUUCUUUGUUGAGGAGGACAUUGAGAGGAGAAAAAUAUAUCAAGCUCUAUAGCUAUCGUUACUUAAUCAAUGGUUUUUCUGUUCUUAUCACUUCUCAACAGGCUGACAAACUUUUGAAGAGGCGUGAAGUAGCAAAUGUGUUACUGGAUUUUUCAGUUAGGACUGCAACCACACACACUCCUGAAUUUCUAGGUCUGCCUCAAGGAGCAUGGAUUCCAGAGGGAGGUCCUGAAGUUGCUGGGGAAGGAAUUGUCAUUGGUUUCAUUGACACAGGAAUUGAUCCAACUCACCCUAGCUUCUCAGACAAGCUUUCUAUUAAUCAAUUUCCAGUACCACAUCAUUUUUCUGGUAUUUGUGAAGUGAUGAGAGACUUUCCGGCUGGAUCUUGUAACAGAAAACUAAUUGGAGCUCGUCAUUUUGCUGCUUCAGCAAUAAUAAGAGGGGCUUUCAAUGCGACCGCGGACCAUGCUUCGCCAUUAGAUAGCGAUGGACAUGGGACGCACACAGCAUCCAUCGCCGCCGGUAAUUAUGGAAUCCCUGUUGUCGUGUCUGGCCAUCAUUUUGGGAAUGCAAGUGGCAUGGCCCCUCAUGCACAUAUCGCAGUGUAUAAAGCUUUGUAUAGAAGUUUUGGAGGUUUUGCAGCUGAUGUUGUUGCUGCUAUAGAUCAGGCAGCUCAGGAUGGUGUUGACAUCAUCAGUUUAUCCAUCACUCCCAAUAGGCGACCUCCCGGUUUAGCAACAUUCUUCAAUCCAAUAGAUAUGUCUUUGUUGGCUGCUGUAAAAGCUGGAAUUUUUGUUGUUCAAGCAGCCGGCAAUACAGGACCAGCCCCCAAGAGCAUGUCGUCUUUUAGUCCUUGGAUAUUUACUGUAGGCGCAUCCUCUCAUGAUAGAAUCUACAAUAACUAUCUUGUACUUGGCAACAACUUGACAAUUUCUGGAGUAGGACUUGCACCUGGAACAGACGGUAACUUGAUGUAUCCUCUUAUUACUGCCACUCAUGCCUUGAAAAAUGAAACAACAAUUGAAAAUGAACUGUACUUGCACGAAUGCCAGGAUUCAAGUCUAUUAAAGAAAAAAUUGAUUAAAGGAAAAAUACUGGUCUGUGGUUAUUCCAUCAGAUAUGUGCUGGGAUUAUCAUCCAUCAAACAAGCAUUGCAGACAGCAAAGGAUACAAGUGCAGUUGGAAUUGUAUUUUACAUGGAUCCAUUUGUUAUUGGCUUCCAACUCAACCCGACUCCCAUGCCUAUACCUGGUUUGAUAAUACCAUCACCAGAUGACUCGAAGCUAUUUCUGCAAUACUACAACAACUCCUUGCAUAGAGGCAAAAAUGCAAAAACCAUAGUCAAGUUUGGUGGUGUUGCAAGAAUACUAGGAGGCCUUAAAGCUAACUACAGUAUCUCUGCACCGAAAGUAAUGUAUUAUUCUUCUAGAGGUCCAGAUCCUGAGGACAAUUCAUUCCUUGAUGCCGACAUUUUGAAACCCAAUUUAAUUGCUCCUGGCAAUUCCAUAUGGGGUGCUUGGAGUUCACUGGGCACAGAAUCUGCUGAAUUCCAAGGUGAGAAAUUUGCAAUGAUGUCCGGGACGAGUAUGGCAGCCCCACAUGUCGCUGGGCUUGCUGCUCUGAUCAAGCAGAAGUUUCCAAACUUUAAUCCUUCAGCCAUUGCUUCUGCUCUCUCUACUACCACCACACGCAUAGACAAGCAAGGUGCGAUGAUCAUGGCGCAACGUGCAUACAGCAAUCCAGAUUCCACCAUGUCACCUGCAACACCAUUCGACAUGGGCAGUGGCUUUGUUAAUGCUACUGCUGCUUUAGACCCUGGACUAAUUUUUGAAUCAGAUUAUGGUGACUUUCUUUCCUUUCUGUGUGGGAUCAAUGGGUCUGCUCCAGUGGUUCUGAACUACACUGGCCAAAGCUGCUUGUUUUCAACCAAGACGGGCUCCGACCUAAACUUGCCUACCAUUACAGUAGCAUUUCUCAAUCAAUCUAGAACUAUCAUGAGAAGGGUUACCAACACUGCAAACGAUGAGUACUACAGCAUCAGUUGGAGUGCGCCCCACGGAGUCUCUGUUUCAGUAUCGCCUACCCGAUUUUUCAUCGGAAGAGGCCAGCAACAAAACCUAACUGUUGUCCUGAAUCCAACCAUGAAUAGCAGUUAUGCCAGCUUCGGGGGGAUUGGGAUUUAUGGAAGCCAAGGCCAUAAGGUGUUCAUUCCCUUGUCUGUCAUCAUGAAGACCAUGAACAAGGCCGCAUCAGAUAGGAACGACUGACUCUUGUGCUGGCACACUUGGAACUCAAUUCUUUAUUUAACAUUUGUACAUUUCUGAAGCAUCUGAUGCAGUCAAAAGUGUGAAUGCCCAAUAAUUUUGUGAAAUGCAACUUUUGCAACUUUUAACAGAAUAUGAUCAAACUAAAAAAAUGUCAUUUUGAUGCUGAAGAUUGCAUUUAUUCAUACUCCA